GUUAUAAGAAAGUGAAAUGAGACAACAGGAUAUGAUAUCACAUGAUGAACUCAUGGUCCAUGAAGAGACAGUGAAAAAUGAUGAAGAACAGAUGGAAACACAUGAAAGACUUCCUCAAGGACUGCAAUAUGCAGUGAAUGUCCCUAUAAAUGUAAAGCAGGAAAUUACCUUUCCUGAUGUAUCUGAGCAACUGAUGAGAGACAAAAAACAAAUCAGAGAGCCAGUAGACUUACAGAAAAAGAAGAAAUGGAAACAAUGUUCUCCUGCAAAAGCAUAAAGGAACAGGAUCCUUACAAUAAAUGAGGAUGGAUCACUUGGUUUGAAAAACCCUAAAUCUCAUGUUUGUGAGCACUGCAAUGCUGCCUUUAGAACGAACUAUCACUUACAGAGACAUGUCUUCAUUCAUACAGGUGAAAAACCAUUUCAAUGUAGUCAAUGUGACAUGCGUUUCAUACAGAAGUACCUGCUGCAGAGACAUGAGAAGAUUCAUACUGGUGAAAAACCAUUUCGCUGUGAUGAAUGUGGUAUGAGAUUCAUACAAAAAUAUCAUAUGGAAAGGUAUAAGAGAACUCAUAGCAGAGAAAAACCUUACCAGUGUGAAUACUGUUUACAGUAUUUUUCCAGAACAGACCAUGUAUUGAAACAUAAACAUAUGUGCCAUGAAAAUCAUGACAAAAAACUAAACAGACAUGCCAUCAAAGGUGGCCUUCUGACAUCUGAAGAAGAUUCUGGCUUUUCUACGUCACCAAAAGAUAACUCACUGCCAAAAAAGAAGAGGCAGAAAACAGAGAAAAAAUCAUAUGGGGUGGACAAAGAGAGUGCUUUAGACAAAUCUGACCUGAAGAAAGAUAAAAAUGAUUACUUGCCACUUUAUUCUUCAAGUACUAAAGUAAAAGAUGAGUAUAUGGUAGCAGAAUACACUGUUGAAAUGCCACAUUCUUUGGUUGGGGACUCACAUUUGGAAGAUGCAUCAGGAAAAAUACAUCCACCUAAGUUGGUUCUCAAAAAAAUAAAUAGUAAGAGAAGUCUGAAAGGGCCACUGGAGCAAAGUCAAACAAUUUCGCCUUUAUCUACAUAUGAAGAGAGCAAAGUUUCAAAAUAUGCUUUUGAACUUGUGGAUAAACAAGCUUUACUGGACUCAGAAGGCAAUGCUGACAUUGAUCAGGUUGAUAAUUUGCAAGAGGGGCCCAGUAAACCUGUGCAUAGCAGUACUAAUUAUGAUGAUGCCAUGCAAUUUUUGAAGAAGAAGCAGUAUCUUCAAGCAGCAAGUAACAACAGUAGGGAGUAUGCCCUAAAUGUGGGCACCAUAGCUUCUCAGCCUUCUGUAACAUAAGCAGCUGUGGCAAGUGUCAUUGAUGAAAGUACCACAGCAUCCAUAUUGGAUUCACAGGCACUGAAUGUGGAGAUUAAGAGUAAUCAUGACAAAAAUGUGAUUGCAGAUGAGGUCCUGCAGACUCUGUUGGAUCAUUAUUCCCAUAAAGCUAAUGGACAGCAUGAGAUAUUCAGUGUUGCCGACACUGAGGUGACUUCUAGCAUAUCCAUAAAUUCCUCGGAAGUACCUGAGGUCACCCCAGCGGAGAGUGUUGGGCCAAGCCCCCAAGCAUCCUCAUCAGAUAAAGCCAACAUGCUGCAGGAGUACUAAAAGUUCCUGCAGCAGGCUUUGGACAGAACUAGCCAAAAUGAUGCCUAUUUGAAUAGCCCGAGUCUUAACUCUGUGACUGAUAACCAGACGCUUCCAAAUCCACCAGUAUUCUCUUCCAUAGACAAGCAAGUCUAUGCAGCCAUGCCCAUCAAUAGCUUUCGAUCAGGAAUGAAUUCUCCACUAAGAACAACUCCAGAUAAGUUCCACUUUGGACUAAUAGUUGGUGAUUCACAGCACUCAUUUCCCUUUUCAGGUGAUGAGACAAACCAUGCUUCUGCCACGUCGACACAGGACUUUUUGGAUCAAGUGACUUCUCAGAAGAAAGCUGAGGCUCAGCCGGUCCAUCAAGCUUACCAAAUGAGCUCUUUUGAACAGCCUUUCCGUGCUCCUUAUCAUGGAUCCAGAGCUGGAAUAGCUACUCAGUUUAGCACUGCCAAUGGACAGGUGAACCUUCGGGGACCAGGGACAAGUGCUGAAUUUCCAGAAUUUCCCUUGGUGAAUGUAAAUGAUAAUAGAGCUGGGAUGACAUCUUCACCUGAUGCCACAACUGGCCAGACUUUUGGCUAAAAAAAAAA